AUGGUUCCCAUGGAACAUCCUCUUCCACUGUCGUUCGUCUUGCCAAAUCAAGCCGACCUUCCUGGUCUAGCGUUAAACCUUCUUGACGGUAGUAGCUUCGAGGACCUUCAAGAUCUGCUCCUCCACGCUUCGAAUCUAACCUCUUGUUUAAAACACGACACUUCUCAUCUAAAGGACCGUCUUCUCCAUCUCCGGAUGGAUCUUACCAAACACGCCGUGUCCUGGAUCUCCACUUCGCUUUCCGCUAAAGUUUCACUCGAUGAUUUGAGAUCAAACCUCGAAAGCCUUUACAGUGUCCCUGGGGAUUCUGUCGGAAAGCAAACGAAUCGAGAGUUAAAGCAACUCGUUGAGGAAUUGUGUCGAAUACAGAAUAGGCGUAGAUAUUUCGUGACUGCUUUAAAGUUGGAAAGUCUAGUUGGAGAUCUUGAAGAUUCAGUGUUUCAUCCUAUGAGUAACCACCACAGAGGAAGUAUGCUUCAAGAUCUUACAUUGAAGCACAAGAGGUUUAAUCAUGCCAUUAAGACCAUGAAUGAGAUUGAAGAAAUACUUGGUGAUGUUACAAGACAUCACUCACAGUGGCGCCGCCUUGUAGAUUCUGUUGAUAGUAGAGUAGAUAAAAGUUUGUCCAUUCUACGGCCACAAAUUAUCGCAGAUCACCGAACUUUUCUCUCAUCACUUGGCUGGCCACCGAAACUGGCAACAUCCAAAGCCAAGCAUGGGGAGGUUGCUAGUAUCCCUAAUCCUCUACUCUUGGUGCAAGGGGAUAAAAAGGAGUCUUAUUCUCAAAGCUUUCUACUCCUCUGUGGUUUACAGCAACUUAAUACCCAGAAGGAAAAACGGAAGAAGCUUAAUAUGCCCAAAGAAAAUAAUAAUGUUGGGCUUUGGGCAACCGAUGAACUGGUAAUACCGGUUGCAUCUCGGAUGGAGCAUCAUUUCACGAAAUGGGCUGAACAACCUGAGUUUAUCUUUGCACUUGUCUAUAAAGUUACAAAAGACUUUGCUGAUGGAGUGGACGAUUUCUUACAGCCUUUGAUUGACAGAGCUAUGUUAGCUAGCUGUAGUGCUAAAGAAGCUUGGGUUUCAGCGAUGGUCCAGAUGCUAUCGUCUUUCUUAGAGAAGAAGGUUUUUCCUGGGCUUAUAGAAAUGUUGCAGGAAAAGCACAUGAAAUCUGAAGUUAUUUCAUCGUGGUUCCAUCUUGUCGAUCAGAUGGUUACAUUUGAUAAACGGAUGCAGUCAUUUGUAAACUCAGACAUAUGUCUUUUUCACGAAGGCUCUUCGAUAGCGUUUUCUCAAGGUAUGUCAGUAAUGGGACUAUUUUGUAAGAAACCCGAAUGGCUCAAGAUCUGGGGGAAGAUUGAGCUAAAGGAUGCUUAUAGAAAACUUAAAGAGGAUAUCAAGAAUGAGAAAGCUUGGUUCAUUGAUAGUGAGAGAACUAGACUUGGUAAUGAAUCCGACUCACGGUCUGCACAGUAUGCUCUAUCUACAAGAGAAGACUAUAAAGCGCCAUUUGUGGCAGACUCUUUUCUGAGUAGGACUUGGACGUUGAUAGACCAUGGUCUAUCUCUACCGGCUAUUAUGCCAAGAAUCCAAUUUGUAAGAGCUACUGCGACCAAAUUUCUGUGGUAUAUAUUCAAAAUUCUGUUACUGCAGUUCAAGAAGACUGAUUUGUCCCAGUACAGUUCGUUUGAAGAUACACUGAUACAAGCCUGUGGACCAAUUAAUGCUGCUCGGUUUCUUGAAUCGAAAUUACGAGAAUGGAGUGAUGAUUUGGUUCUUGUAGAGAUGUGGGCUGCGGAAACAAGUGUUAAAGUUGAUAGAAAAUCUGAAGUUUCCUGCCAAGGCUGCUUUUUCGGGGAAGAACUGAAAAGCCUUGUUGAGUUGGAAACCAAUUGGCUUAUGGAGAUAAUAACAGUUUUGCUCCACCAGUUCGACAAUCUUUGCAGCGACCACUUCCAUAACAAUGCGGUUUCAUGGGAGGAGGACGUCAUUACCUGUUCUAGCAAUUUAACAGUGUCCCAGGGCAUCGCAGAAGCGUUGGACAGUUUAAGAAGGCAUCUAUGUGUUCUUCAGCUAAACAUGAACCCGAAAGACUUCUUGGACUUGUGGAGGAAUCUUGCGGAAGGGAUUGACCAUUAUGUUUCUUGUAAAUUUUUCUCAGGAGAAGCUUUUUUACUGAAAAAAAGGUUUGAGGUUGACGCAGAGGCACUUCUCAUGGUGUUUCAACCUUAUUGUGUUCGUCCUGGUGCUUUUUUUCCUCGUGUGAGAGAUAUUCUUAGGCUGCUUAGGAUGCAGGAGGAAGAGAAGGCAAAGAUUGAGAGGAGCUCUAAGUCGAAAAGGAAGUAA